GCUCUUCUGCUGAAGGCGGGUCUGGUUUUGGCCGCAGCGAGCUGUGCUGCCUGGCUGGGCCCUGUCCUCUAACCCGUGUGUUAAAGGCAAGAGAAAUUGAAAACACCCUCCUCACUUUGCUGUGAGUCUCCCCACUGUCUUCAACAUGGCUGGUGGCAUUACUGACACAGGAGAGCUUUACUCUCCCUACGUUGGUCUGGUUUACAUGUUCAAUCUCAUCGUUGGAACCGGAGCCCUAACCAUGCCGAAGGCCUUUGCGACAGCAGGGUGGCUCGUCAGCCUCAUUCUCCUAAUGUUCCUGGGAUUUAUGAGCUAUAUGACUACGACCUUUGUGGUAGAAGCCAUGGCUGCUGCAAAUGCCCAGCUGCGAUGGAAGAGAAUGGAAAAACGCAAGGAGGAUGAUGAGGAUGAGGAUUCUUCCUCUGGAGUGUCUGACAGUGAUGUUCUUCUCCAAGAUGGGUAUGAGCGAGCAGAGACACGACCUAUCCUGUCAGUUCAGAGACGUGGCUCACCCAAUAUCUUUGAAAUCACUGAGAGAGUAGAAAUGGGCCAGAUGGCUUCCAUGUUCUUCAAUAAAGUGGGUGUCAACCUCUUCUAUUUCUGCAUAAUUAUCUACCUCUAUGGGGAUCUGGCAAUCUACGCAGCAGCUGUACCUGUCUCUCUCAUGCAAGUGACCUGCAGUGUCACUGGCAACCAUUCUUGCAGUGUUGGAGAUGGCACAAAGUAUAACGAUACAGACAAGUGCUGGGGGCCAAUUCGACGGAUUGAUGCUUACAGGCUGUAUCUGGCAGCAUUCACUCUCCUCCUGGGUCCUUUCACCUUCUUCAAUGUGCAGAAGACCAAAUAUCUUCAAAUCAUGACGUCUCUCAUGAGAUGGAUAGCUUUCAUCCUCAUGAUUAUUCUGGCCCUUAUCCGCAUCAGCAGAGGCCAAGCUGAAGGUCACCCAUCCAUGGCCCAGCUGUCGGGCAUCCGCAAUCUCUUUGGGGUGUGCGUCUACUCCUUCAUGUGCCAGCACUCCCUGCCGUCCCUCAUCACACCCAUCUCCAAGAAGAAGCAUGUCAACAAGCUCGUGCUGCUCGAUUACAUCCUGAUCCUGGCUUUCUACAGCCUCCUGUCCUUCACUGCCAUUUACUGCUUCCGCAAUGACACCCUCAUGGACAUGUACACGCUCAACUUCACCAACUGCAAGAUCAUCAACGUUGCCUUCAUUCGUUACUUCCUGGGCCUCUUCCCUGUCUUCACCAUCAGCACCAACUUCCCCAUCAUCGCAGUGACCCUGCGCAACAACUGGAAGACCCUUUUCCACAGAGAAGGGGGGACCUACCCGUGGGUGGUGGAUAGGAUUGUCUUUCCUGCCAUCACACUGAUUCCCCCAGUCCUGGUGGCCUUUUGCACCCACGAUCUGGAGUCCUUGGUGGGGAUCACGGGAGCCUAUGCUGGGAACGGGAUCCAGUAUCUCAUUCCAGCUUUCCUCGCGUACUGCAGUCGGAAGGACACUCAGCUGGUCUUCGGCAGCGGGACUGUUAACAAGCACCUCUCGCCUUUCCGGCACACCUUCUGGAUUGUGUUCGUGCUUAUAUGGGGCUUUUCUUGCUUUGUGUUUGUGACUGCAAACAUCGUCCUGAGCGAGUCAAAACUCUGAUGUGGGGGCAGCAGCAUGCUCCCUCCUGGGUUCCAGAGACUUCAGCAUUUCAGCUCCCCCUCUGGGACUGUGGAGCGGGGGAGAGUCAACAUGAAGGGAAUUUUCCAGGCCAUUGGCUUGGUGGCACAGGUUCAACCUGGGCACAGACUUUCUUCACUCCACUUUGGGUGUGGAUGGAGUGGACUCAGCCUUGUUACAGUCCUGGUUCUCAAACCCUCUAUACAAAGCCAUGGGGCUGAGCCCUUGGCAGCCUGCACGAUUACCCAGUGUCCAGCCAUUUCUGCCUUCAGCUCUGUUGGAGCAUCACUUUGUCUGUCCCUACAGUGGCUCUCUGUGUGCUGCGGGUCUCAGCACACAGGAGAGCAGACAGCCUUGGCUGCUCACUAUGCUAAUCGGCUAAAUGUCCCUUCUCCCAAAGGCAGGGAUGUGCUGUGCAGAAUCCGGCAGGACUUUGAGAUAACUGUGUCUCUUCUUUCUGCUGAGACCCCUUCAAACUAACCUCCUGGGCCAGUUGAGGGAGGAUAUUAGAGUGGGAUUGGACCUAAUUCAGAAGAAAAUAAUUUUGUGCUCUUUUUUUUUUUUUUUUUUUUUUUUUUUUUUUUUUUUUUUUCCUAGCGGCAUUAACCUGUUUGUGCACCAUGGGUUGCCUGGGAUCUUUCACUUAGAGCUGGAUUUCUCCAGCCCAGGAGUUUACAUUCACACUUCUCAUCCUGUGCUGUGGCAGCCCCAGCCAGCCAGAGCAAUGCCCCUACAUACGCAGGGAUACAGCUCUUUGCCCUGGGAAAGGAAACUGCAGUUGUGCUUCCCUUGGCUCCUGCACGCAGCUGGCAGAACCCUUCUCCCUUCCCACCUUCGCACGGGGCUGGUACAGCCAGCCAGCCCCUGACUCCAGCGGUCAGGAUUCCUGUCGGCUGGGGAGGUGCUAAUUACCCAGUCGGGACACGCGGGAGGCCCGCAAGGGGUCUGGCUGUGCACACUGAUGCGUUUCCAGCCUCCUGCGCUGGGUAAUGAGCCUUGAAACAAGGUGGGUGUUAACUCGAGGGUAUGGGCUGGUGCCAGGAGGAAGCAGCGGUGCCCUGGCUCAGCCCUGCCUGCCUGCCAGAGCAGAGCUCCCAAGUGCUACAGGGGAGCAAAAACUGAAAUCCUGCUGGAACUGGGCUUGAAUUCCCCUCCCACCGCCUUCUCUUUCUGCACAGGGUUAUGAUGGGCUUUGGGCUGGGCCUGCUACCGUGGGCAGCCAGGGCUCUAGGUGAGUCUUUGCUUCUGGUGGUCACUGUAAUACAGUGACAAACAGCACUGGGUUCUGUGCUCUGAGGCCCUUGGGCAAAGGUCAUGGGUUUUCUUAACAAAAGGGAGAAAUUUAAAAGUUUCCACCUGAAAUAUUUUAAACCCCCUUAUUAAAGCAAGUUCAAAGCCAGGUGCAUGUCACUUCUGUUAGAUCCUCUUGCCCUCUGCACUUGCUGCAGUAUUAAGUGUCACCGCUCACUAAAGCAAGCUUUGAACUGCAGCUCUUUUUAAUCAAGCUCUGUUUUCAAGUAGGACUUUCUGGUUUCCAUAUGACCUGAAGUGUUCCUCCUGGGGGAAUGUGCAAGUACCUGGAGCUGUAUAAAAACACUUCAUGGCUUUUAAAGCAAAACCCUGCACCUCUCAAGCCUGAGCACCACCAGUGUGUCCUUGCCGAGCUGCUUGGAGAGCAUCCAGGGAGGGACUGUUUGCCUCCUCCAGCUUGAUCCUAAAGAGGCAUUGGCAGCCCUCGCCCAUGAGUUCAAACAUCCCCAAGUGCUCUGGGGAAGCUGAGGAGGGGGGCAGGUAGCUGGUGUUGGGUGUCUCAUUUAGAAAAAGGUGGGUUGAAGGGCAAAUUCGUGGGGCAGCGGAGCUGGGAGCCACCUGCGAGGCAGCUGGGAGCUGGGCAGAGCCAGAGGGAGGAAUUUAAUGCUGAUGAACUGAGCCUUGGGAAGCUGGAGGGGCAGUGGGGGCUGCUCUUGUGCACAAGUGCCCAGGUGGGGAUUUAGGGAAGGGGCUGAGGCCUUUCCUGGUGCGCUGUCUGCCCCAGGCUGCCUGUGUUUUGCAAGGCACUUGGCUCAGCCUCCAUCCCUCCCAGCCUCUUGCCUUCACAUGUCAUUGCCAGCCACUGAACAGGGCUGUUCUCUGGUAUUUCAUCUCCUCUCCUCCAUCCUUCCCCUUUAGGGCUGCCCUUGGUCUCCCUCCCUCCCUUCCUGCCCCUACGUCAGGCAGGAUGUCCUUGCCCAUGCCUUGCCUGGGGUGGGAGCAGGGGGCCCAGCCUGAAACACCCUCUCCUGCCAUCUGGUACAUUUAAAGAUGUGCCUUCUUGUCCCUGGCCAGGGUGGCCACCUCCUCCUCGGCACGUUGUGUGGCAGCGACUUCUAAGAGCUGCUUCCAUCCAGGUUUGGGAGGCAGUGGCACGAUGAGGGCUCACGUCCUGGCCCCAGCCUUUGCUGGGGUACCUUACCAAGAAGGACUCUGGUCCCCAUGGAGCACAAGUGCUUCUUAAAUAAAUAACCACCAAUUCCCAGACACCCGCUGUCCUUGCACAGCACCAAAACAAAUUUAACCGAAAGAAACUCUACAGUAGAGAGAACAUUUCUCAUCUAACGCAUGACAGCAAUGCCUUAAAAAUUACUGGAGAAAGUGGGAAGGGGAUGGCUCAGCAGAGCCAGCGCUGGCUGGGGAGAUGCUGGGUGACCCGGGCUCGGUGCGGGGCAGGAGCUCCCUCCUCUCACCCCUCACAAAUGUGUCUAUUUUUAUUUGGCCGUUAUCAACACUAACAAUUCAUUAUUACAGAUUCUCACACGAUGCUUGUCCUGACUGUAACUAGUUUUCCAAAAAUGGGAUUAAAACCAAUAAAAUGCACAUUAUACA